AUUAAUAACAAUAAUGACAGUUUUAUUUUAUUUUUCAAAAUUGCUCGAUUAGCGUCGUUGAGAAAAGCUAGUAUAAUUCGAAGAUAUCUUUCCUACUGAAUGUUGUUAAGGAUUUAUUCUUCCUUACGAACUAUAUGUGUUUCUUUCGUUCUUCUUGAUAAUUAAAAAUUGUUCGUUCUUUAGUUUCUUUUCAUCUAGCUACUUUACGUUCGUUUUUGUUCUCUCACGGUCAAUAAACAUUGAUAUUGACCUUGAACUUUUUAUUUCUUAUUACGUAUUAAUAUUUGCAUUACAUAAUAACAUUUCUAUAGCAUAUUUUGUAAUACAUGAUACUGUUAUGGUUACAUAUACAUAUACAUAUAUUGUCUUUUUUUCGUAUAUCUAGUUAUCGUCGUAUUCUCUUCCUUUUGAUUCUUUGAUUCUUUCAUUAUUGGAAUAAAGAUUGAACUCACGUUCAAACAAAACAAAACUUACAAAUACCUGAUCAGUUAACCAAACUGCUCGUAAUGAUCAUCGAGUGUUGUGCUACAUUUUAGAAACCAUCUUUGAGUAGACAGCGGCCAUGUUUUGACUUCUAGAUGAACACUUUCUAAAAAAAAAGGCUUACUACCCAACCUUAAAAGUUCUGCAUUUUUGCAGCGAAACAUUUUAAGUCCGGUGAGGCGCUGACCGUUUCGUGACUCUUGUUCAGCACUUUUUUAAGUUCAGCAGACUUCACAUGGUGUCGCAAUUUUGAGACGAAACUCUUUGUAAGCUGCGUAAAGUAGCAUGCUGUUUCGUACGUCAUGUACCAAUCCUCUGAUAGUUUCGUAAAAUAUUACAAGAUUUUUGUUAGCUCGUUUCGAUGACGGUGUGGGUGUGGGUGCGGCAUGUGGAUGUGGAUGAAGACAAGAUUGGCACCCACAUCAACACAUUCACAUCCACACACCCGCAUCCACACUCACUAACACCCUACACCCACACCGACAGCAACACAUGCAUAUCCACACCCACAUCAGCACGUUAAAAGCUAUAGCUUAAGGACUUUAAGAGACUUUAUUGGACUUCAAAAGACUUCAUGAGACUUCAUUAGACUUCACGAGACCUCAUAAGACUUCACGAGACUUCGAAAGACUUCAAAAGACUUCUGAGACUUCAAGACCGAAGUCUCCGCUGUUUUUCCCUCGCAACUGAUACAGGAUAAAAUUGAACAGUUAAACCAAAAUGACGCAGUUGAAAAACUGAAAGAAGAGGAACAACAACAGCGAACUUGUGAAGAAUUAAUUCAACUGGAACAAUAGGAACGUAUCGCUUUUUUAAUUCAACAAUUAAACGAGAACUAAACAUCUUUUCCAUGUUAUAGACUUUGUCAUUCAUUCAUUAUCCCUAAUAUAUCUAAACAUUUAUCAUAUAUUUGAUCCUUGAUCUACUAACUAUCCAGACGGCACUUCUCAAAUUUCCCUUAUUUUUUACACAACAGUAAGACCGAAACGGAUAGCACUUCCCAUAUAUUAAUAAUACUCAGUCAUUCUCAUCCUCAAGAAAGUCAUAAAAUCUUUUAUAAAAUACGAUUAGACAUUCGACCAUUGAAUUGCACUUGAUACAUUCAAACUAAUAUCAACAGACGACCGUGAGCUUCUUCUGAUUUGCUCUGACUGUAUUAUCUGUUUUAAAAUCAUCUAACGGAAAAUUCGUGUAACGCAAAUGUCACAAAUUAAAACGUACAUAUUCAUUCACCAUUUUCUUCCUCAUACUUCCAAAACAAUAUAUAAGCAAGCUGCAGAUAUUCUUUACCAUUCACUUCAGAGAGAAAAAAAUAUGUAGAAACGCAAAACUACCCGAUGAGACUCUUGAGCAAGAUCGAAACCGGCGGUAGUAACUAAACCACAUCUUUAACUCACUCUCAACUAGGUAUAUAUGCGAUAUUUAAGUUACCUGAAGAGAUCCUUAAGCAAGGUCGAAACUAGUCAUGGUUGCUAAAAUAUAUCUCUAACUCACCCUCACCCUUUACCAUGAAAUAGAUAAUAGAUAUGUAUGAUUCGAUUUUUAUGCAAUAGGGACUCAGCUAACAAUAUAUGAAAGAUAUUUAACUAUAUAAUGACACUUUACAAAAUAGCAUAAUAGUGUCGCAGUCAACACAUUUUUCUUUCUUCCGUCGCUCCUUCGUUCUCUGUAGAGUGUUUUUCUCGGACGGUCAUUAUUUACCAACAAUAACGUCGCGUAUAUCAUCCACCAAAGUAUACAGAACACUGCAACAAUAUAAAGAAAGAACUCGUUCUUUUAUUUUUUUUUGCCUCGACAGUUUCUCAUUCUUCUCGUAAUACAAAAAUAAAAAAGCACAGCGCAACACAACAAACGAACGCAGUUAUCAACAACACACUUUGCCGUCCAUAUAUUUAUAACUUCUUGAAGAUAAACAUGGCUUUCCCCUUUACAAUAUUCCUGAUUGAGCCAGAAUCUCAAUCAAUUCUGUUUUUCUUGGUAGAUACUCUGAUACUCAUUUAUAUUUUGAUCUUUGUCGUCACAUGGCCUUAUACAUUAUUUUACUUAAUUGUCCAUCUUGCCAUCUUUUUUGUUAUUAAUAAACGCUUGUCAGCUGGUCGUUUAUAUAUACCAACGAAGAAUUUAAAUAGACAAACUGUCGUUGUUACAGGUGCAGCUACAGGUAUAGGAUGGGCCACUGCUCUUCAAUUGGCUAAGCUUCAAGCACGUGUUAUCGUUGGUAUACGUGGUCAAGAAAGAGCUGAACGUGUAGCUCAAGAAUUAAGCAAAGAAUCACAUGGAAAUGUUAUUGGUUAUCAUUUAGAUCUAAGUGAUUUAUCAAGUGUCAAGAAAUUUGCUGAAAAGAUUGACAAACUUGAUAUUUUAAUCAAUAAUGCAGGAGUAGCAAAACAAAAUAAAGAAUUGACUAAAGAUGGCUUAGAAAGUACUUUUGGAACAAAUCACAUCGGUCAUUUCUAUCUAACUCAACUUCUUCUUCCUUUACUUAUUCAAUCAAAUGGACGAAUUGUCAAUGAAAUUGGACAAAAAUUCAUGGCAGAAGAUGUCAUGGUGCAAAUUAAAGAAUUAGUGAAAGAACUGAUUAAUAUUCGAAGAAAUUCAAAUGUCGUUAGUAUAGGUUAUAAAUCCAAAUGA